AAAAGGCCUUCUGAGUGGCAGCGGGAGAAGGUAAACAGAGUAGCAUCACUCUCCCGGCCGCCCCUGGGUGCUGCGGGCGGGCGGGGCGGGGGUCGCGCGGGGCUCGGCGGAGGAGAGGCGCUGAGCGAGACGCGGGAUGGGCUUCGGCGAAGUCGGUGCUGAGCGAGACGCGGCCGGAGCAGCGAAGAGCCGCGAGCGACUCGAGAGGGAGGCGGGCGGGCAGCGCGGGCUGCAGCUCACGGUCGUCGCCGCUGGGGCGGAGGUUCCCGCCGGGCGCCUUCUGACGAGCGCGGCCGCGACGAGGCUCCGCCAAGUCUGAGGACGGACGGACGGGCUCCGGGCGCGAGCCAGCGAGGGAGCUCUUCGGGGCUGGGCUUUGGAAACACCGACCUCUUUUCCUCCCGCUCCAUUUGCCUCUCUCUCGGGGUGGGGAGGAGGGGCAAGAGCGAGCGAGCGAGCGGGGGAAACACCCCCUCGGUGCUACUUGAAUUACUUGAAAUCGCCACUUGUGACACUGUUCUUCGCAAGGAGGCAGCCUUAGCCAAGAUUGCAGCCCAUCCCGCGUGCUCCCUCCGGGAGGGCAGGAAAACCUCCAGGAUCCGAACGCGAUCUCCCCUGGAGUUGGCCGGCAUCUGCGGGCGCGAAGGAGGGGCGGCGACCGGCGGCGGCGAGGUCAAAAGGUGGGGCUGGCGGCGGUUCUCCCUGCUUUUCUCAGGGGGGAGGGGGCGGCGGGCACGGAUGGUCGUGGUUAUGUAAACGCCGAACCGCGGAAGUGGAUCCUUUUGCCUGAGCACCUCCCCCCGCGAUCUGCAGCCUGAAGGCAGAGCAAGGAGCCGCCCGGAGAUUGCAGCACCCCCUCCCCAACCAGCCGCCCCCCGACCCACCCAGCCCUCCCCGAGGCAGCGACGGACCGACGGGCAGCGACCAAGCCCCCCCUCGCCUUCCUGCCCUUGGAUCUACUCGCUUUCGCCACUCCUCCUUUCCCCUGGUGGGAAGCGUGGCUGAUCGGCGGCCGCAGGAUGUCCGCGGUAGCGUACAUGGACUUCGUGGCUGCCCAGUGCUUGGUGUCCAUUUCCAACCGCUCCGUGGCACAGCCAGACGUGACCCGGGAAGCGGAGCUGCUGAAGAUGCCCGAGGAAGAAGAGGACGAAGCUGCCGCCGCCGCCGCCGCCGUGACCAAAGAGAUGAACGACCCCAGGGACGCCUGGAAGGAUUAUUGCACUUUGGUGACCAUUGCCAAAAGCUUGUUGGACCUGAACAAAUACCGACCCUUGCCGACCCCCUCCAUCUGCAGUGACAGCGUGGAGAGCCCCGACGAGGAUGCGGGGUCAGACAGCGACGUGACCACCGAAUCCGGGUCGAGCCCUUCGCACAGCCCCGCCGAGGGGCAGGAGGCGGGCAGCGGGUCCGACCCGCUCUCGCUGCUUCGCGGCGGGGCGCCCGCCAAAGGGAAGCUGGCCACGGAAAAAAGACACAAGUGCCCCUACAGCGGAUGUGGCAAGGUCUACGGCAAAUCGUCCCAUCUGAAAGCCCACUACAGAGUGCAUACAGCAUCAGUAUCUUUGUGGCUUCUGUGUGUUCCUAACAAGCUGACUAUUUAUCACAUAUAUGAAGGAAAAGGAUGCUUUGCAGACCUGCUGCCAGCUGGCCAUGAAGUAUCCAGACGCUUGUAAACCUCUGGAUUCAGUGAGAGUGGAAUUCUUGAUCUUGAGUCUUUGGAACUGAGUGUUCAGACUCUGUUGCCCAGCCAGGAAUCAUUUACUUGGGAUAGUCCAUGCCAGAAGAAGAACGAAGGAGUAGCAUGGCCAGUGCCAAACAUUGGGAGAUAACAGCAGCAUUCUGGAACAUGGAAGAAAUCCUAGUCUGAACACAUUCCUAUACUGCUCACCCAUCCAUUGAGACUUCAAUAAUUUAUGGGCAAUUUGGAUACAUCUCCGGCUAUGAUGGACAGGCAUCAAGUGGUAAUUACAAGAACUGCAUAGCCUAGUGCUGAUGCAAGCUGGUGGGUGGGUGCUUGGACAGCGGAGGAGCUCAGAAGACCCUAAGCACUCUUGGAAGAAAACAGGAAUGGCACACAUUCCAGAAGCCUUUGGCGACAAAGAGGAAUGCAAGGUAUUUUGGAGUGUUUUCUUUGUAUUGUUUGUGGUAACUGGAUUUUUGAGUUUGGGGAUUGUGGGGACAUUCAUUCAUUCUUCCUGUACCCCUUUUAUUUAUGGGGUGAAUGCAACCUUUCUAAGAGCUCCGUUUUUCCAUUCUUAGUUUUCUCUUUAUUUGUUUAAAAGCUGCCUCAGGCUGACGCCCAACUGUAAAUAGAAGCACAAUAAAUCAUCUGCAGGAUGACUGCAUUCUGCUUACAACUGUGGGCAUCCAGAGGCCCCUGAGGAGCCCACCCUAAGCUUACAAAGGACAUGCUCCACUGCUGUUUGCCUAAGCACUGAGGUUCCAUUUAGCUAUCACAGAUAAUAGUUGUAGCAUGUUAUAUGCUGAGUUCUAUAAGUUGGUUGUGUUGCAAGAAAUACUUCUUUUCUUUCCGGCCCUGAAACUAUUGCCAAUCAGUGAUACAUCAUGGUAAAGGUAAAGGGACACUUGACCAUUAGGUCUAGUGGUGGACGACUCUGGGGUUGCAGCGCUCAUCUUGCUUUACUGGCCGAGGGAGUCGGCGUACAGCUUCCGGGUCAUGUGGCCAGCAUGACUAAGCCGCUUCUGGCGAACCAGAGCAGCGCACGGAAACGCCGUUUACUGUACCUAUUUAUCUACUUGCACCUCGUGCUUUCAAACUGCUAGGCUGGCAGGAGCAGGGACCGAGCAACAGGAGCCCACCCCGUCAUGGGGAUUUGAACUGCCGACCUUCUGAUUGGCAAGCCCUAGGCUCUGUGGUUUAACCCACAGCGCCACCCGCGUCCCGGAUGAUACAUCAUGGUAAGCCAUAGUAAAUAGUUACCUUGAAUGCGCAGAUUGCUCCCACUUCACUACUCCUUGCUAGUGAGUGGGAGCAACAAACAGUGAUGUAGGAUUUAGUUUGAUAUUCCAACUGGGGGUUGUGUUGCUGUUUUGCUCCAAACAAGCCACUUUGCAAAGUCAAGGUGUGUCAUUGACUUGCCAAUUGUGGUUUGUAUGAGCAAAACAAACCUCAAUCCAUGGUGCAUCUGCAAUGUUAAAUCAAGGGUUGUGGUUUGUUGCUGCUCAUGGGCAGGGAGCAGCAAUUUGCACAUUCACAGUAAAUCAUUAAUCCUUGGGUGCGCCUGUAUUUCUAGUAUUAUGAAAGGGAGAGAAAGUUCUCUGUAUUUUCUUCAAAUCAGUCACUUUUUAAAAAUUGUCUAUCAUGCAUGCUCCAAUUCAUAUUUUUUCUAAAAGAGCUCCAAAUGCUUUAGCCCUUUUUUGUGGUGCAAAUUAUAACUGUAACCUGUUUCCCAAAUGUGACUGCACCUUAGAUGUCUAUAAAAGCUUUAUGGUGCAUGUUUUGUUUUGUUUUCAUUUCAUUUUCAAUCUGUAUCCUAAUGACUCCUAACAUUAAGGCUGCAGCUGGCGGCAAGGAUAUAGAGAAGCAUACACUUGCCUUCCGUAUGUGUAUCUGGUCAUUCACCCCUCCCAGGUGGCAGAUGCCACCCUUAUCCCUGAAACUGCUUUUUAAAGGGAAAUGCUCCCCCACCUUUUUUGAGCUUGAAAGAAGCUCUUGGGUCUUAAGGGGCAUGGGUGUAGCCAGGAUUGUUAUGUAUUUUUAUUGAAUUUUAUUGAUUUAGGGGGCAGCUGUCCCCAUCCCCCCCCCUGGCUAUGCCCAUGGCCCUGGGCCUCCUCUGAAGAGGGAACUCCACAAGGGAGGGAGGAGAGCAUGUUCAGAAUGUGGGCAUGUACCCCCUCUGGAUCUGACCAGGGAGCCAGGGUUGGGAUUCAGAUUAGGGUCUCUGGAUUUGGGGUUUAGGUGUGCAUUGGCUUGUUACCUCUGCUGUCAACCCUAUGUGGCUACGCAGUGUCAUCAGCUAUUAUUGUCUCCCUGUACCCCUGACCCUAACCCUAUUUCUGCAUUCGUAUCAGUUAAGAUGGGCUGGGGAGUGGCUCCCCCAAAUUCAUUUGAGAGCUGGGAGUCUGGGACUUUUCAAAAGCUGCUACACUUCCAUAGAAUUUCUUCUCCAGUAAUAGCUCCAGGGGCCCAACCCUAUUUUAGUUCAUAAAGUUAUUAGCAUUCUGGGGAAACAUUUUAAUUUUUAAUUUUACUGCUGGUUGAAUAUUAUAAACACCCAAACACAAUUUUUAAAAUGUAGUUAGCACUCUUUCUCAGGUAGUUGAAGUCCAGCAGAAAAGACUUGGACCAAAGCAAGGCCACUAAGAAACAAGGGGGAGAUGCCAGCGUUCUCUAGUGAACCUCAGGGUAUUUACAAGGCAAUACCUCCCCCCCCCUCAAUAAAGAGAGCCCAAUGGGGACUGAGCAUACUUAGUCCCCUCCAGGAGCCAUAAAAUGUGGAGUGUCAGUUUGAAAAGAGAAAGGGACUAAGAAGGAGAAGAAGCAGAAUGUGGAUUUGAUAUCCUGCUUUAUCACUCCCCGAAGGAGUCUCAAAGCGGCUAACAUUCUCCUUUCCCUUCCUCUCCCACAACAAACACUCUGUGAGGUGAGUGGGGCUGAGAGACUUCAAGGAGAGUGGGGCUGAGAGACUUCAAGGUCACCCAGCAGCUGCAUGUGGAGGAGCGGAGACGCGAACCCGGUUCCCCAGAUUACGAGUCUACCACUCUUAACCACUACACCACACUGGCUCUAAGAGAGGGAAAGGGGCUGAGCUGGCCGGCUUGAGCCCCAUAGAUGGCAUAGCUGGCUGCUGGUAGCCUGAAGAGCAGCCGCUCCCCUGUUAAAAGAAGAGGAUGCAGGGCACAGGGCAGCAUUUUGUUUCAGGUCGGGGGAUCUAGCUAUCAGUGUUUGAUUGUAACUUCUAUAUUUACCUCUUGGACUUUUUUGUAAGUAAAGCGGCCUAAUUGGCAGCAUAAUAAGUUUAAAGCACUACUUUAUGUGUGGUGCACUUUUUCAAUGGCCAAGGCAUGGAAGCAAACAGUAUCAGCUGUCAGGAGGAUUUGGUUUUAACCCCCUUUUCUGGUCUUAUCUCUGUGCCCUUAGAGUACACUAGUGUAAUAAAAUGAAUGUUGGGGAGUAUACUCCUACCACGUGGACGCAUCACAGCAUUUGCCAGACCAGCCAUUUGUUUGCAGGGAUUCUGCGCCUGGACUUCACUUGAAUUUACAGGCCUUCCUCCAGCUGAUCUACUGAAACUGUUGCCAAGUAGGCAGAUUCAAGGCCGGCCAGCCAGCCAGCCAACUGCAGGAUAGUAAAGUACAAGACAAACAACUGACCUUCUUUGGCAGUAAUUUACCUCAGGCCACUGGCAUAAUCUCUGUAAGUUUUAGGAGCAGCAGUGUCCCAUCACUGCAAGCUUGUGAGUAUGCCUAAUACUUGCCCUGCCCCUAGGGAACAUUAUGGUUUCCAUCCAUAGAAGUAGAGCUCUGGAGCUCUGUUUUUUAUUUUCUUCCAGAGCAGGGCUAAGACAACAUGGAGCUUUCCAGGUGUCGCUGAGCUCCAGUACCCAGCAUCUCUGACCAUUGGCCAUGUUGAUUGGGGAUGGCAAGAGCUGGAGUCCAAGACCAUCUGGAGAACCACACGUUUUCCCAUCUGUGCUCUAUCUAGAGCUCUUGGUCAACAGUGUUUCCUGGCAAAAUACAGGGCUGUUGUUAACCUGCUCUGUCUUCCGCUCCCCAUUUCUGUUUCCCCAUAGGACCCAUUUUCCCUCUGCAGAAGCUGAACUCUGAGCGCAAUUGGCACCUUGCUUACCAAGCUGAUAUGUGCAAGAAGGUGAAUGCAAGUCGUUUUAUUUUAUUGGAUUUUCUGCUACUCUGUGGGCAUUAUUAA